UAAUUCGACAGAAUAACAACAAACCUUAUUCUUCUUCUCAAAGGCUGCAGCGCUUCACACGCAAAUUCCACCAUUCCACAAUCCGCAUCUAUACUGAACACAACAAUUCGCACAUUCUUUCAUUUCACUGAGUUGACUCGUCAGCCAUGUCCGAGUCCGACCAGCAGCGAACUCAGAAGGACGAUCCGUUCCUCCUCAAUUACAAUCCCGAAGAACUCCGAAUCGCAUCAGAGUUUCUGUCCAAUUGGCUUCCCUUUCUCUCCCGUGACCUCUGCCACUCCUGCACCAACACCCUCUCCGAUCGCAUCCGAUCCCUCAAUUUUAAAGUUGGUGGUGAUGCAGAAUGCUUGAAGCAACCAAAGAAUAUCAGUGUUUUGACUCCGGAACGUUGUGACUCGGAUGGAUGCAAUGGGAGUCAAGAGAAUUGUGACAACAAUUCACUUGGAAGUUGGAAUGAUUGUGGCGACUUGAAUGAUAAUGCAGAUACAAACUCAUUGGGGAGUUGGAAAGACGGGGCUGGUGGGGGGGAGCCAUUUGAGGAGCCUUCCGUGGACAGGCAUUCAUCUGACAGUUGUAUAGAUGGUGCAGAUUCCGUUUCUCGGCCUGUUGGAGAGGCAACUACAAGUGAAGCAUUCAGCUCAUCCUUACCUGUGACUACCCCGAAAAUGAAGAUGUCAUGGGCAGAUAUGGCUCAGGAGGAUGAGCUUCAAGCAGAGGAAGUGAGUGAGUCAAUUGCCUUGAGUAGUCAGGUGAAUGGUGUGUCUGAAGAGGAAAUUACUACUCCGGAGAGUAAGCCAAAAACAGAAUUGUCAAGGGAACAACGAGAGUACAUUAGAUUCUGCAAUGUGAAGAGGAAAAAGGAUUUCAUAUGUUUGGAGAGGGUGAAUGGGAAAUUCGUGAACAUACUUGAUGGAUUGGAGCUGCAUAAGGGUGUCUUUAGCGCUGCUGAGCAAAUUAGAAUAGUUAAAUAUGUAGAGAAGCUUGAUCAGAUGGGGAAGAAUGGUGAAUUGAAAGAGAGGACUUAUACUGCGCCAGCAAAGUGGAUGAGGGGCAAAGGACGUGUGACAAUCCAAUUUGGUUGUUGUUACAACUAU